CCACAAUGCAGUUCGGCUAAAAACGGAAUAAAAUUACAAACAACCUUCCAAAAGCGUGUUUAUGAUUACCAAACGAAUGAUCCUUUCCCAGUAGUAAAUUCGCCUUGAUGGGUUCUUGCGUAAAAUAUUCUUCUUCUGAUAGAAGUUAAAGGUGAUCCCAAUGUUAUCUGAGUCAGGAAUAGAUCUGGACUUUGACGUCUUUGCAGAAAUAGAGCAAGACCACAAGUGCUACGAAGUGAAAGCGAAAAGCCUGACUCCUUCCAGUACGAACCCAUUAGUGCUAAUGGAUCCAGACAUGAUAAAAGUUAAACCAGACCCAGAUGAUCCAUCUGUUAGUGCAUCAGAGCAAUCCAUUGGUGUUGGAUCACUUACACGCACAAACUUCAAACUACAGCUUCAACGUGAGCAACUUCUUGAGGCUGAGAAAAAAGAACAACAACGCUUAAAAGUGUUAGCCGCUCAAUGUGAAAAACCAGAUUUCCGAUCCUCAAAGCUAUCUAAUCAAAAAGUACUUCUUUCGAAUUUGUCAACUUCUUUUACAUUGCCAUCCACUUCUGCUGUGCCAAUGCGAAGUAUACGUGCAAAUUUACCCACAAAUUUACCUAGUAGUGUUCUGAAGGUUGAAACAAACCUGAAAAAUCCGACUCAGUAUUAUAUUAAAGAGCAGCAAAAAAGACAAGUACAACAAUACUUAUCAAGCCAACGCCAACAGCAAAGUUCGGUGUCUAUGAUGCCAGUUUCUGCUCCCAGUGCACUGCAUAAUUUUAACUUCAAUGCUGAUGUAUCUUCAAGCAGCUUUUUAAAUCCUGCAACAAAUUUUAUUUCACCCAAUAGUCCUGACACAGCAAGUUCAGUUGCUAGCGGCAGUGAGGUGGACAGCGUUCUUGACGAUUUGUUUGGACUUGACACAGCUACAGAUCAUGAUUUUAACAUGUUUUCAGAUAGUGUCUUUUCAGCCACACUUCCAACUUCAAAUAAUCUUUUCGACACCUAUGGAAUAAACACGUCAACGCAGCAAGACUCGCAUGAUCAACUUGCUUCUUCAUGUCCUGCCAAUGUAAAACAGGAAGUUCCAGACACUUUCAUGAAAGAACGUCAAAAAAAAGAUAACCACAACAUGAUUGAACGACGAAGAAGAUACAAUAUUAAUGACAGAAUAAAAGAGCUUGGUACUUUGGUGCCAAAGUUAGACAACGACUUUAAACAAAACAAAGGAACUAUAUUAAAAUCAUCUGUUGACUAUAUCCGCCGUUUAAAGAAGGAUAAGGAUCGGUUAAAACAUUAUGAAAAUAGAACCCAUAAUUUAGAAGAUAUGAACAAGAAACUAUUGCUUCGUGUUCAGGAACUAGAGUUAAUUCUUCGUGCCUCUAAUAUAUCUACAUCGUUACCAGAACCUGACCUUUCUUCUGCCACGUCUCCGCAGCUUACCCAACUACUCGUCAAUAGCCAGCUGCAGCAGCAGAAACAACAGCUACAGCUAGGUCAAAAUCGGAAGCAGCAGCAAAUGAGACAAAAACAAUUAGCAUCACAUAGUACUGUACACAACUUGUUAAAAGCUCCUCCUGCCACAAGUUCGGAGAUAGUUAUUAGUAGCAGCACGGACAGUCCAAGAAAUGUUGAAAUGAGGUCCGAAUAUGAUGAUCAGGAUUGUAUGAUAAUGGAGAGCUGAAAUUAAGAAAGUACUUAAACGAGUGAACAGGUGUUAAAGGGAACCCAAGGUUGAAAAUUAUGUGGACUUAUACCUUGGGUUCCCUUUAAGUCAUGCUCUAUAUCAGUAAAUUAAGCGCUAUUUCUAUAUUGAUUUCCCCGCUAUCUCUAUAAUAAUAGCCGUUGUCUCUGCGCGGACCCCCGCUAAGUUAGAAAAUGAUGUUACGGAAACACGAAUAUCAAAUGCGAUAUAUUCUUAUCCACUUUGUUGCCACGGGUAAAUUCAAAGGACGGGCGAACCCGUGGAUUUUUCCACGGGCAACGACUAGUCUCUUUAAUAACAGCCGUCGUCUGUCUGUGUGUCCGCGAAAGCGGCGUCCCGUAAUGGAAACACAAAAUUUUAAAAAUGCGCACGAAUAUCAAAUGCUAUAUAUUUUUAUCCACUUUGUUGCGGCGGGUUAAUAUAAAGGACGGGUGAUCCCGUGGAUUUUUCCACGGGCAACGACUAGUCUAUUAUAAUAGCCGUAUUCCGUCUGUCUGUCUCUGCGCGGACCCCGCUGAGUUAGAAAACGAUGUUACGGAAACACGAAUGUCAAAUGCGAUAUCUUUUUAUUAACUUUGUUGCGACGGGUAAAUAUAAAGAAGUCUAAGUUUUAUAUUAUGUAGGUGAACUAGUGAUUUCAUUUCAGAUACGGGGGGUAUUUGUAAAAAUACGAGGGGUAUUUGUGAAUUUGUUAAAAAAUAUCUUCGCGCAUCUUCACCAAUAACUUUCUAUGGAAAUUCGUGUUUACUGUUAAGUGUUUGAAUUUGAAUUGUCUUGUUUAUUUUAAAUUUAAAGAUGUACAUAUUUAUCUCCUUUUCGAGAAUUUUUUUUUAAUAUUCUUAUUUUAUUUUUUUGUUUAUGUUGCAUCCUAUGUUAUCUUUUUAUUAGGUAAAACAUUAAAUUCUUAGAAACUGUAUAUAGGCACUAGAAAUAAAAAAAAGAUGUUGAUUUACAA